CGGUUAAAGAUUCAGUUAACUGGAGUCUGACACUGAACCGCUUUUUUUUUUUUUUUCCCAAACCCGCGAAGUCGGAGAGCUCCGAACCGUCGUCUGAUCAUCCAAACGACGUCGUCGUACCUAAAGCCCAGACCCCUAAUUUUCCGAAUUCGUUCUCUCAGGUCUCGAUGAGGGGCGUAAAGCCGUUGCCGGGGGUGGUGCGUAGCUCGAUGCGCUCUGGAGUUGUUCUGCACGACCUGACUAGCGUUGUGGAGGAGCUGAUUUUCAGUAGCUUGGAUGCCGGCGCAACGAAGGUAUCGGUUUUCGUAGGUGUUGGGACAUGCUAUGUAAAAGUAGCGGAUGAUGGACGCGGGAUUAGUCAUGAUGGAUUGGUGUUGGUGUUGGUAUUGGUGGGAGAAAGAUAUGCGGCGACUUCAAAGUUUGAUUGUUCUACUGAGGCAAAUGCUACAACCGGGAGCUUUGGUUUCCAAGGAGAAGCGUUGGCUUCAAUUUCCAACGUGUCAUUGUUAGAAAUCUUGACGAAAGCUUCUGGGAGAGCAAAUGGGUAUUGAAAAGUUAUGAAGGGAUGGAAAUGUUUGUAUCUUGGAAUAGAUAACAGGAAGGAUGUGGGUACUACAGUUGUUGUUCGUGAUCUGUUUUACAAUCAACCAGUUCGGAGGAAGUACAUGCAAUCCAGCCCCAAGAAAGAAUUGCACUCUGUCAACAAAUGUGUACAUCGGAUCGCCCUUGUGCACUCAAAUGUUUCCUUCAAAGUUGUAGACAUUGAAAGUGAGGAUGAGCUUCUUCGUACAAUUCCUUCUCCCUCUCCCUUGAUACUAUUGAAAAGGACUUUUGGGACUGAGGUCUCCAAUGCUCUUCAUGAAUUGAACAUAAGUGAUGGCAGAUUAGAACUUUCUGGAUACUCUACUCCUUGCAAUAACCUUGCUGAUAAGGCCUUCCAGGAUGUCUAUAUUAACUCACGGUUCAUUUGCAAAGGGCCAAUUCAUAAAUUGCUUAAUCAGCUGGCCAAUAGUUUUCAAUUCUGGGAUCCAGGGAAGGCUAUUGAUGGGUCUAAAAAGCGAAGUAGGCCUAAGGCAUUCACAGCUUAUGUUUUGAAUUUAAGCUGUCCCCAAACAUUCUAUGAUUUAACCUUUGAAUCGUCAAAGACAUAUGUGGAGUUUAAGGUAACUUUCCUUUUUAACUUUGAGUUGGAUUGGGUUCAGUUCAGCAGAUCCUUUCUCUUGCUUGAUUUUCUUUAUGGAGAUUUGUCAGAACUCUCUAAGUUUGGGAAAAGAAGGAGCAGGAAAAGUUGUCAGGCUUCUCCCGACCUUAUGGAUAUGUUAAUUCAAGAAGACAACCAUACAUCUCAGAAGAGAUACGUCAGAAAGCCAUUUGAAUAUACUGAAGCCUUCAAUUUCCAAGGGCAAUAUAUUGGGAUUGAAUUUAGUUCUCAUACUGCUUAUUCUUUUCAAUCACGGGAUGAUACUCUAGACAAAUGCAUGGUAACAACAACUCAAAAGAAGGAAGACCAUUUUUGGAAGUCAGAUAUCAAACGUUUCUCUGAUGAAGAUUAUAUCCAUGAGAAUAGAUCCACUGGUGCAGAAAGAUCCAGUAAUGUGGAGGACAAUAUCUUUCGCUCAGAAUGGCAAGAUGAACCCUUUAAUGUUGAUUCCAGUGUUGGCAUUGAUUCAGCAACUAGUAGAGUGUCUUAUGAUCAUCAUGAAUUUGAUAGCGAUGUAGAAUAUUUAGUACAGCCGUUCCUCAAGAAUUGUUCCUCAAAAGAAAGGCUUCUAUAUGAGAGGGAUUUGUGUGUGGAUGAUGGGUCCAGAUAUCAAAAUGAUGGCUUUGGGAACAAGAGAAGGCGGGGUGGAUCUUAUAACAGUGUACAAAUUCCAGAAUUUGAUGGCAGCAAGGGUUUUGAUUUCUUUUCAAGGACUUUGUGGCCAGAAGAGGAAUCUACUGCUCGGCUCUUAACCAGAGUUGUAACAAAGUUUGACCUGCCUACAGAGUUCGAUUCUUCUUCAAGCUUUAAUAAAGUCACUCCACACUAUGAGGAGCUGUUUUAUGAAGAAAGUUCGGUUACUGAUGUAGAGAACCUUGGUUCCUGCCAAAAGACCUUAAAUAAUGAUUGGUGCUCUUUGACCUCCCUAUCCCAAAACACCUAUUUGGAUUUUGAACCUAUCUCUGAUAUUAAUGCAGUUGAAGGGCAUUAUAGAUCUGUUAAAAGGGCAACUAUUAAGUAUUUUGUGGAUGGUGAAGAAAAGAACUGCACAUUUAUUUAUGAUAUAAUAUCAAAGAGGUCCUGCCGAGAGCACUGCACUACACAUAAAGACCAUGGACUGGAUUUUAGUGAUUAUUUAGAUUCUGGAAAAUUCUUUCAACCGCACAACUUAGAUGGUGAGUUUUCUCCUGAAUGCCCAAAUAUAUUAGCUGAUGAGACGGAUUGGUCAUGUUUGCAUCCGUGCAGCAAAGAUAACAUGGGUACUGACUUGUAUAAAAUACAAAAAGAUAAGUUUAGAGUUCAAGAUUGUCUAUGAAAUCAAUCUUCCAUAGGAAGAUCGAGAAGAAGCCAUUCUGCUCCACCAUUUUAUAGAAGCAAGAGGAGGUACUUUACAUUAAGUCAUCCUCUGAAAACAACAGCCAGCAAACCUGAUGCACAAACCUUUCGUGAUGCACCUACUUAUCCAGAAGUUAGCAAGAUGACAGAUCUCCAUCAACCUUCUGGUUGUUACCAUCUAAAUUUGAAGCCAAGUUAUGUCAAGGAUUUCCCACUUUCUUUCAGGGCAGAUAUUGAGAAAUCUCAAGAUAUAGAGGCUGGUGUAAACAAGAGUCACGAAGUUGAAAUGUUUGAACAGUCCACAUGUUCUGAGAUUCAAGCUACUGCUCCAAUUAAAGAAUUUAUCUCCAAGGAUCAGACUAAAUGGAGGAAUUGUUGUCCCCAGGUCAUGAACUCAAGUAAAACACAAGCUCUUCGUGAUCAAACUUGCCCACUUGACAUCUCUUCUGGAUUCUUGCAUCUCUCAGCUGACUCGUUAGUUCCUCAAUCUAUCAACAAGAACUGCCUCAGUGAUUGCAGAGUUCUUCGGCAGGUGGAUAAGAAAUAUAUUGCAGUUAUGGCUGGUACUCCACUUGCUGUUAUUGACCAGCAUGCUGCAGAUGAAAGGAUUCAGCUGGAGGAGUUGCGUCAGAAGGUGUUAUCUGGAGAAGGAGAAGCAAAGGCGAUUACUUUUCUGGAUGUUGAACAAGAGUUGGCAUGUAGUGUAUCUGAUGCUAAAUGAUGUUUAAUGGUUGUAUUCCUUGACUCUUUGAUUCUUAUAAUCAUAAUUCAGGUGCUGCCAGAGAUUGGCUACCAGUUACUGCAUAACUAUGCUAAACCAGUUGAAGGGUGGGGUUGGCUCUGCAACACACUUGCUGAAGGUUCAGGGUCCUUCAAGGGGAAUUUGAAUCUCCUCCACAGGCAGCCAACAGCUGUCACACUUAUUGGGGUGCCCUGCAUCCUAGGUAUCAAUUUAUCUGACUCGGAUCUUAUGGAAUUUCUUCAGCAGCUUUCUGCUCAAUCUUCACCUUGCUGGUAUAGAUGGAUCAUCCACAACACCACCAUCAGUUCUUCAAAUCCUAAAUUCUAAAGCACGAAGAGGUGCAAUUAUGUUUGGAUUCCUUGCUUCCUUCCGAGUGUAACCUCAUCGUUGAAGAGCUAAAGCAGACUUCUGUUUCCACUGUGCUCAUGGUCGACCAACAACUACCCCACUUGUCAACUUGGAGGCGUUGCAUAAGCAAAUAGCUAAGAUUGCAUCAUUGAAUGAUAACGCGGAUCAUUUGUGGCAUGGUUUACGUCAAGAUGAACUUAGUCUUGAACGUGCAGAAAGACAUUAAAACUUGGCUAGCAGGUAGAGUGAAGUCGAUCCAAUUUUGGUCCAGAGUCAUACCGCCCGGUCCUGCCUGUUCGGAAUUGACACAUUCAAGCUGUAAAUUUGUUCUCAUUCUCUAUACCUAGUGUAUAGCAUGCUCAAAAAUUGAUGCCCCAUUAAAAAAAAAAACAAUGAUCGAGCCUUUUCAUCAGAAGAAUGAUAUUUCUAUUGUGUGAGCGCUUGAUUGAUCAUGUAAUUUGCUUUCUUCACAUAAUAUCAAUUAAUUUUUAAUUUUCGUUUUA